UCCCCAGGAAAGGUGAUUUCGUCAAGGUCCACAUUGCCGGUCCCACGUUUCACGUGUCAAAAAAUGUCGCCUUUCUUGAACGGACACGGGACAACGCGAGUCGACGAGCCCUGAGCACAAACUCGCACCACGGUUUACCAUCGCGAGUAGAGGCUCGAUAUAAUAUCCGGGACCGACGAUCGUUUUUCGAUAACGCAGCGCGUGCACGGGCCGUAGAUAAUAAACAAACGCGGUUUGAGUGAAAGAAACAUUUCAUUCGCUUCAUCGAAUCAUACUCUAACGCGUGCAGUGCAGAUCAGUGAUUCCAAGUGUCUGAUAUUAUCAACGAUUGCUCAAAACUACAGGAUUUUUGUGCCAGUUCUUAAUCACGGAGUCACGUGUGCCUUUAUUACCGGGAAUAUGUGAAGCUUCGGCCUAUAUUAUUUGGUGAUCGUUAAAACUAUACAAAUGAUCACAUAUACAGUGAAUAUAGAGUUAAGUUUUUGGUGCGGGAUCGACAAUUUAUGCUCGGUUUUGUAAAUUCCAUCAAUUCAAUCAACAAGAAAUUCCCAAGUCGUUUGCGGAACGUUGUACUGAAAAUUGGAUGUAAGCCGGAUUUAUUCUUUUCAACCGGUUGCCUCAAAGAUUACGCGCUUUGGAGGCAGAUGCUUAAAAAGAAUAUUUUUAAUUACCCACAUAUGUCCGAAGUUCAAUGUCGAUCGGUCUGACGGUAAAUUAAAAUAUGAUCCCAAUACUGAGAUUAUCAUUAUAUUUACCUCUGUAUCAAAAACACAUUUGUACGUUAAACGACGUAAUUAAUCUCAAUUAAACCUGUAACUCGCCGCAUACAUUUAUAGUUGUCUUAGUUACGGUAAAUGGGGUUAUAAGUUUUGAUCACACUUUGAAAUUGAAUUACUCGCGAAAAAUUUGGAAAGUCACAGGUGCAAUUCAAAAUACCGAAGGUCGGAAUGACUCUAGCAAAAUCGCGAGUUUAUGGACUGAGGUGUUGAUUUUUGGGAUAAAAAUAAUUUUCCGCGAGGCUGAAAUACCGUAAGAAGUAGCGAGAAUCGUUUCAGGUCUUGUAAUUUGGAAAACGUCAGUUUAAGAGUAAAAAGUGAAAGAAGGGUAUCGGGCAAGCGUCCUGUAGCAGAAGACGCGCGUGAGGUGCGGCUGGCCUCGUUGCCGGUCGGUCAGUGCCCCCACUCCCUGGGGAAUUCUUGUUCCGUGUUUACUUGAAUUUUAAAACUUGUAUACCUAUAUAAAAAGACCAGCGUCGACGCCAGUAUGCUCGACCGAGCGCGGUAUUCCGAUGAUGAAAUAGAUUAGCUAUAACACAAUAAUAAAAAGUGUGAACAAUGUUGAUCAUCCGAAAGGAGGAAUCGUUCGCGGUAAAUUGAUAUCACCUUGUAACAGGCGUGAGUGAAUUUUGUAACCGUGACAAUGCCGCUAACGUGACAGUGGAUACGUGCGAUACUGAUAAACAAUGAGAGACCGAUACCCGGUGACAAUGAAGUGCGACAGGUAGUAUCGUGCUGGAUUUGUGCCGAGUGUGGAAAAGACACUGUACAGUGUGUAUCGUAGAAGCGGUGCGGGUUUUAGGGGUUAAGAGAUGAACUCGUCAAUCAGACUGUUCGUCCUAGCGUUGGCGCUAGGGCUUUUAUGGACGGGGAAACAUGGCGCCUGCAGGGCGCGAGGUAUCGAGAAUUACGCGUCUCGUUACGUCGCGUCUAGCUCGACGCAAAAAGUUGUCCGUCUCAACCCGAGGAGGUCGCCGAUGCUACCGCAGGACGGUGCCGGCAUGAUGGGUAUGCAGGCGAUGCAGAGUAGAGCAGCUGAGACGCGAGUCAAGCUCAAGGUCAGCGAAGGUGAACCGACGGGUACGCUAGUCGGAUCGAUACCCGUCAAGCCCGAUUUCACCUACAGAUUCAACGAGCCUCCCCAGGAGUUCACGCUGGAUCCCGAAACGGGGGAGAUCAGGACGGCGAGGGUCCUCGACAGAGAAGCUCUUAGCAGCGACAGAUACGAUCUCGUUGUCCUGUCGAGCCAGCCGACCUACCCGAUCGAGGUGAGGAUCUCGAUCCUCGACGUGAACGACAACGAUCCCGAGUUUCCGGAGCCAGGGAUUGCGGUUAGUUUUUCCGAAUCGGCAGCAGCGAAUACCAGGCUACUUCUUGAUGCUGCUACGGACAAAGAUACACCGGAAAAUGGGGUCGCGGACGAUUAUUCGAUCGUCGACGGUAACACCGACGGCAAGUUUCGUCUCAUUGUUACCGCGAAUCCGACCGGUGAAACGUCCUACCUUCAUCUCGAAACAACCGGGAAGCUCGACAGAGAACAGGUGGAGUUUUACUCGCUGAACGUUUGCGCCAGGGAUCGGGGAAGACCGCCGAGACUGGGUUACCUCCAAGUGAACGUGACCGUUCUGGACGUCAACGACAACCCACCAAUCUUCCAGCAGGGCGACUACGUCGUGACUUUGAAUGAAAGCGCUCCUGCCGGAAGUCCGGUGCUGACAGUUCACGCGACGGAUAAAGAUUUAGGCGACAAUUCGAAAUUGACUUAUUAUCUGCCUGAUACGGAAAGACAAUUUACCAUAGACCCGGAAACCGGGUCCAUAGCAACAACGGAACCCCUUGACUGUCCUCAGCAGAGCUGUAACCUGACUCGACCUGGCGGGAGUUGCCCGAAGAGUUGCGUAAUAACGGUCUUCGCCAGGGAUCACGGCUCGCCCCGACAAGAUGGAAGAACCUACGUCACCGUUAAUCUACUCGAUGCAAAUGACCACGAUCCUCAGAUAAAUUUCAGCUACUUUCCGUCCACCGCAGGCUUUGCUACCGUCGAUGAAAACGCCGUGAAGGACUCGAUAGUCGCCGCCGUUGCAGUAAUCGAUAACGACGAGGGUCUGAACGGCGAGACCAGAGUCGAGAUCCGGGCGGGUAAUGAACUGGGUCACUUUCGUCUGGACAACACACAGAGUUUCGAUAUUGUUCGGGUAAACGGGAGGCUGGAUAGAGAGGAAAUACCGAAGUACAAUUUGACCGUAGUAGCGACAGACAAGGGAUCGCCACCCAGAUCAGCUACUGCCUACCUCGUCAUCCGCGUGAACGACGUUAAUGACCACGAGCCAGUAUUUCAGCAGAGCGAAUACUCGGCUGUAUUGUCAGAAUUAUCACCCCCGGGAAGUUUCGUCGCAAGCAUAUCGGCUACAGACGCGGAUUCCGGUUUGAAUGCAAGGAUCUAUUACGGCUUUGAGUCGGGUAACGAUCAAGAGUGGUUCGCGAUUGAUCAGGAUACCGGUUUGGUAACGACGAAGGCAACCCUCGAUCGGGAAAUUCAGGGCAGUGUAGAAUUGUGCGUAUCCGCUAGGGAUGGAGGACCGAACCCAAAGUUUGCCUCCACCAAUCUCAGGGUCACUGUUCUAGAUGAAAACGAUGAAGUACCGAGAUUCUCUGAGCCAGUUAUCAAUAUCACUCUUCUUGAAAAUACCCCGCCUCAAAGCCUGGUGGCAACACUCACAGCGGUGGAUAACGACCAGGGCACUAACGGAAGUGUAGCCUACAGCCUCCACUCGAGUGUAUCGCGAGAUUACCCAAAGACCUUUGCUCUCGACGCCCUGACCGGACAGCUGACUACAAAGACUUCCCUGGACCGCGAAAUAGUAGCAAAAUACGAGAUCCUAGUCAUAGCCAGAGACCAGGGAACUCCGCCACAGUCCUCGACAGCCACGGUUCUUCUGACAUUGGAAGACGUGAAUGACAAUGCACCGAUAUUCUAUCCUCAACGGUAUUUGUUCCCAGUACCAGAAGACGCGUCCCGUGGUACGUUUAUCGGAAGGGUAACAGCGACGGAUGCUGACGCGAGAGAAAACGCUCAGGUGAGAUACUCCAUAGAGUCGGGUGGAGAAGGCCUUUUUAUGGUGGACGAGCGUUCUGGUGACGUAACUCUUCAGGGUUCCUUGAGAGCUGCUCGCAAGACCCUGUAUGAGCUGACCAUAUCGGCUAGGGACACAGGUGACAAAAGAGCGAUGAAAGACGCUGUCGUUGAGAUUCUGCAAGAAAAGGACCUAGAACAACUUGAAUUUGAAACUUACAGCGGGUACGAGUUCAGGAUAUCUGAAGACAGAGGCGAGUGUAGCGAAAUGCCUUUUGGUAUUGCGCGAGAGGUGGGCUCCGUUCAAGUCGCCAGGUACGAAAAAGCCGAGGUCAGAUAUUCCAUAGUCUACGGAGACGUUGGAGGCAGCUUCAAGAUCAAUGAGAACACAGGAACCAUAAGUACGGUGGGCUGCCUCGACAGAGAACAAAUCGCUUAUUACAGUCUGCAGGUAGCUGCUAGAGCUGGCCUUGCGCAUGCACAGACUUACGUCAAUGUGACGGUUUUGGAUGUAAACGAUAACCCGCCGAAGUUCCCGAAAGGCGAACGAGGUGACGAGGUCAUGCUCAAGGAGAACGCGGCUGUUGGUCAGGAAGUACGUUUAGCACGAGCGAGAGACAGAGACGCUGGCGCGAACUCCAGGGUGACAUACACCCUAACCCACAAUCCUGGUGGGCAAUUUCGAGUGGCUUUGAACUCGGGUAUUAUAUAUCUUGACAAGCCGAUCAGAGCUCCCCCAGGAACGGUUCUACAAAUUGAAGUGACCGCUACUGACUCCGGAAGUCCCCCUCUGUCAGCGCAGCACCAGGUUCGAGUGACCAUCGAGGAUGUCAAUGACCAUACACCGGUUUUUGAGCUGACGAGCUACGAAACGUCCCUUUUGGAAUCGACACCGGUAAAUGAGAGGUUCUUUGCCCUCGUAGCAUCGGAUGUGGAUUUAGGCCGGAACGGUCGCGUUUUGUACAGCGUUACCGAGGGGAACUCAGAGGGUCGAUUUGGUAUAUUUCCAGACGGGCAACUUUACGUAAAAAGCGCGUUGGAUCGUGAAGAACAGGAUUACUACGCUCUCGAAGUAACUGCAAGUGAUCAGGGCAGUCCACCAAGAAGUUCGGUGGUCCCAGUCGUCGUGCACAUUAUCGACGAAAACGAUAACGCUCCACAGUUCACGAAUUCAAGCUUUAUAUUCCAUAUCCGUGAGAACGAACCGCCUGAUACAUUCGUUGGGAAAUUGCUUGCAACCGACCGUGAUGUUGGAAGAAAUGCUGAGUUGACAUUUUCCUUACCUUCGACACAGCAAGACUUCAUCGUUGACCCUCGGAAUGGGUUUAUAAAAUCGCUCCACGUUUUCGACAGAGAAUCACUCGUUGCAAAUACCGGUGUCAGUUUCGUUACUUUGGAAGCCACUGUUACCGACAACGGAGUAAAUCGCUUGCGGGACAAAGUCAAGGUUACCAUCUACGUGACCGACGUAAAUGACAAUGCUCCUCAGUUUCAGAGAAUUCCAUAUAAAGUACAGGUCAGUGAAGGUGCCGCGAUCGGUACCCAACUGUUGAGAGUUUACACCAGCGACGCUGACGAAAGUCUCAACGGUGACGUGUUUUACUCUUUGGAAAUUGGGGACCAACGAGAGUACUUCAGUAUUGACGAAGCUACCGGGCUGAUAUCCUUAGCUCGCGAAUUGGAUCGCGAGACAAUCGAUACUUAUGCUCUGACGGUUGUGGCACACGAUGCUGGACUGGAGAUUCAUCUUUCUUCAAGUGUGCUGGUCCACAUUGAAGUACUAGAUGAAAAUGACAACACGCCGAAGUUUAUUGACACCAAGUCUCAGAUUUCCGUGUUAGAAACAACCCCAGUUAAUACGGAACUAGUGAGAUUCAAGGCUGAAGACGCGGACCUUGGUGCAAACAGCGAAUUAACCUUUGCAAUCGCAGCUGGUAAUCGGAGAGACGCCUUUCACAUCGAUCCUUUGACAGGUGCGCUCUACUUGAGAAAACCGCUGGACUACGAAGAGCUGGAUAACUACUUGUUGAACGUAUCGUGUAGCGACGGAGGUCAUCCUAGACUAACUUCAGUAACGACUCUGAAGGUUAUCGUCGUCGAUACAAACGAUAACCCGCCCGCAUUUCCAAACACCGCUAUCGUUCGUCAGAUCAGAGAGGGUAUUCCCGUCCACACGCCAAUCGUCACAGUGACCGCUGAAGAUCCGGAUUCCGGUGAAAAUGGAUUGGUAAACUACGCUAUUGCAAGUCAAGAUCCCGAAGAUCAGGUACGCCGGUUUGGCAUUAAUCCAUCGACCGGCGUGAUCCACACGUUGCUACAAAUCGACCGAGAAGAAGUUGAUACCUUCAAACUCGUGGUAGUUGCCACUGACAGAGCACAGCCGAUCUCGGCGCGACUGUCUGCAGAGAAGUUAGUGACUGUUAUAGUCGAGGAUGUAAAUGACAAUGCACCGGUUUUCGUAAGCAUGUCAGCAGCGAUUCUACCCUCCAAGGGUAGCCCAAAUUAUCAACCAGGUAAAGAAGUUCCAGUGGUACAGCUAUUGGCCAGAGAUUUGGACUCCAGUACCAAUGGUUUGGUAACUUAUGAACUUUUGCGAUCUGGGCUGAUUAAUCCUGAUACCUUUCGGGUUCACAGAAGCACUGGUCUACUUACCAUGAGACUUCCAAGAUCAUUGGAUGACUUUGAACGCUCUUCGAAGUAUCAGGUUGGUGUGCGAGCAACUGACGAGGCAGUGCAGGCCGAGAGGAGGUCCUCAGAGACUUACCUGACACUGAUUGUACCUUUUGAAGAUGAUGAAAGGCCCGUGUGGGAACAUCAAGGUCAAGUUGAGGGUAGUGUGUACGAAAAUGAGGCCGCCGGUGCUUCCAUACUAAAAGUGAGUGCGCGUAGUCGAAAGCCCAACGGCGACCUAGAGUAUUACGUUACAAACGUUACCGCGGGAAGUGGUGGUCCUCAGGUAGACAGGUUAUUCGAAGUGGACACGAAGAGUGGCAUUCUGUCAACUGCUGCUGCGUUGGACCGGGAAGCUGGAGUUCUUUGGUACGAGAUCGAAGUUUACGCCAUUACCGUAGGAGGAAAUCGGUCCAGCACUGCCGCUUCGAAGGUCAAAGUGACUGUCUUGGACAAAAACGACGUUGCUCCGACAUGGGGAUCUGGACCCUGGAAGUUCGAGGUAUCCGAGGAAGCGCCACCUGGUACAUUGAUCACGGUCCUCCGCGCCCACGAUCCCGACACCAUCGGAACGUUGAAGUACACCCUGGUGCCUCGUCCAGGAGUGAACGAGGUCGCGAAUGAAAACCAGGGCGAUACUCAGUUCAGCUUGGAUCCAUCGACGGGACAGUUGAGGCUUGCAGAAGCGCUGGACAGAGAAACCAAGGAGAAAUAUUCCCUGAGAGUUCGUGCCGACGACGGAGUGCAGUACACCGACGUCACUCUAACCAUCCAGAUAACGGACACGAACGACAAUGCCCCCACAUUCCAAGCCAUGGCUUACUCCUUCGAUGUUCCUGAGAACGCCCUCAGAGGAAGUCGCGUUGGCCAGGUGGUUGCCACUGACAUCGAUGGCGAAGGGCCCAACAGCCAAUUGAGCUACGCCUUGAUUUCCGACUGGGCUAACGAUGUAUUCUCGCUGAACCCAAACACCGGGGUUUUCACGCUGACUGCGAGUCUCGACUACGAACAGGUUCAACACUAUAUCCUCGUCGUUCAAGCGACUGACGGAGGACUUCCGGCUUUAUCCUCGACCGUGACAGUUUAUUGCAACGUUAUCGACCUCAAUGACAAUGCCCCGGUUUUUGAGCCUGGCCCACACGCCGCAGAAGUACUGGAGAACGCGACGAUUGGUACACCGGUGUUAUCGGUGGGUGCUCAGGACUUGGAUUCUGGUGACAACGGAAACAUCGUUUACGCGAUUGCCAGCGGCGACGAAAACGGUGAUUUCGGAGUCGCCCUGAACGGGACGGUCUUUACCAGGAAAUUGUUGGACCGCGAAACGCGACCGCUGUAUAAUCUGGUCCUGAGCGCCACCGACUGCCCGAAGCCACCUUAUCGACCUCUGUCAUCUACGGUUCAGGUCACCGUGGUACUACUGGACGUGAAUGACGUUGCUCCAGAAUUUAUUUCACCGAAUCAAACCACCAUAAUGGAGAACACGCUGGCAAAUACCGUGGUGAUGGCUAUAAAGGCCGUCGACCGUGACGAAGGUCGGAACGGAUACGUCGAGUACAGCCUCGAGGAGAACCACAAGCUUCCCUUCAGUCUCGGUGCAGUUGAUGGUCUCCUCCGGGUCUCCGGCGCUCUCGAUCGCGAGCAUAAGCCAAACUACACGCUGGAGGUGAUGGCGAGGGACAGAGGAGAAGCCCCUAAAUCAUCUUCUACUACCAUCGUCGUUACCGUACUCGACGAAAACGAUAAUUCCCCGAUAUUCGAUCCGAGGCAAUACUCAGCGACAGUUGCAGAGAACGCCAGCAUAGGCGCCAGUGUUCUUCAGGUUUCAGCGACGGAUCUGGACGAGGGUGCAAACGGUAGAGUUCGUUACAGUAUUGCGGCUGGUGACGAUAACCGGGAUUUCACCGUAUCCGAGGAUGGCGGUGUGAUCAGGGUCGCGAAAAAUCUAAACUUCGAACGCAAGGCGAGGUACCUGCUGACUAUCCGUGGAGAAGAUUGCGCGACCGAACUUGGCGAAACCUCGCGAGACGACACGGCCGAAGUGACGAUUUCGGUGCUGGACAUAAACGACAACGCGCCGGUCUUCCUCGAUACUCCUUACCUGGCGCACGUGAUGGAAAACAUGGUACCGCCUGGAGGCGGCUUCGUGAUGCAGGUGAAGGCGUACGACGCCGAUACCCCGCCAUACAACGAUCAAGUUCGUUACUUCCUGAAGGAGGGGGACACGGAUUUGUUUCGUAUAAACGCGAGCACAGGAGAUAUCUUCCUGCUGCGGGCACUGGACAGAGAAAUGGUCCCAGAAUAUACGCUGACGCUGGUCGCCAUGGACACGGGUUCUCCACCCUUAACCGGUUCGGGAAUCAUCAAGAUCGUGGUUUUGGACGUGAACGAUCACAGCCCCGAGUUCGCUAGACAAGGUUAUCAGGCUUCCGUUACCGAAAAUUUGUCAGCUGGAGCUUGGGUCGCGAAACCAUCCGCGUCCGACAAAGACGAAGGCCUCAAUGCAAGAAUUCGAUAUAGUCUACUAGGUGAGAAAGCCGAGAGAUUUUCGGUGGACUCUGAUACUGGGGAAGUGACCACCUUGGUGCCACUAGACCGCGAACAAACACCCGUCUAUCAUCUAACACUAGUAGCUCAAGAUUCGAGUCCCACAGAACCAAGGGCUGCAGCCGUCAAUCUGACGAUACUUGUUGAAGACCUAAACGAUAAUGCCCCAAGGUUUUCAAGCCCCAGAUACACCGCGUAUGUCCCAGACGCAACUAAACCAGGUGACUUCGUUUUCGGAGCCCAAGCCGUCGACGAUGACGAAGGUGAGAACUCGCGAAUUGUGUACGGGUUACAGGGUGAAGAUUCGAAACGCUUCAACAUCGAUCCUCACAGCGGUGUCAUUAGAGCAACGCAAGAGUUGGCCGGCGGUGAAACAACGUAUCAACUCCAGAUCCAAGCCUCCGAUUGUGGAGUAGAUCCCAGAUCGGUUACCGCUGAUUUGGUUAUUCAUCUCUGGGAGAGACAAUUGUUUCCUAGUUUUAGAUCCACGGUUACCACGCGGUUCACUUUGCCAGAAGAUGUGCCGGAAGGUCGAAUAAUUGUGCGAUUGAGUGCAUCGACACCAAAAGUUGGCGCGGUUAGCAAUUUGAUCUUCGGAAUGGCUGGUGGCAAUGUUGGAGAAGCUCUGAGGAUCGAACCCCAUACUGGAGAGGUUCUAGUAGCUUCUGGAUUUGACUACGAAACGGCGCCUCAUUAUGAGGCUUGGGUCGAAGUGCGUGAUUCCGAUACACCCGCUUUGCGAAGUGUUGUUCAACUUCUUGUGAACGUCACUGACGCUAAUGACAAUGCACCGAUUAUGGAAGCUGCAAUCUACAAUUCCACUGUGCCUGAAGAAGAAUAUCCCCCUUUAUUCGUGACAAAAAUCUCCGCCAAAGAUGCCGAUUCUGGUGAAAACGGUCAGGUGACUUACCAUCUUGUGGACGACUUCGACGCAUCUUUUAUCAUCGAUGAAAAUAGUGGGGAAAUUCAGACAAACGCGGUAUUGGAUCGGGAAGAGGUUGCUUCCUACGAGCUGGUAGUUGAAGCUCGAGAUCAAGGUGAGCCACAACUGACGGGAUCUGCUACGGUCUUAGUAACCAUUUUAGACAAAAAUGACAAUCCUCCAAGAUUUACGCGUUUGUUCAGCGUUAAUGUGACGGAAAACGCAGAUAUUGGAUCAUUUGUAAUUCGAAUCACCAGUUCCGACCUCGACAUCGGACAGAAUGCAAAUGCAACAUACAGUUUUACGGAGAACCCAGGAGGCAAAUUUUCUAUUGACGCACUCAGUGGAAAUGUAACGGUCGCUGGACAUUUGGAUAGAGAAGAGCAGGACGAAUAUCCUUUGAAGGUGGUUGCCGUGGACAGUGCUUGGCGGCAAGAAACAUCCCUGGGCAUAACGAUACAAGACCAAAACGAUAAUGCUCCAGAAUUUGAACAGGAAUUGUACAACUUCCAUUUCCCUGAACUACAACCUCGAAUGGCCCAUGUAGGUCAGGUAAUGGCGACAGACCGUGACAAGCAAGGCCCGAAUUCGGUGAUCUCGUACAGUUUGCUGCAACCCUCGGAUCUCUUUACCGUCGACCCCGCGACCGGUGAUAUAUUCAGUAAGAGAAGACUGAAGUACAAACACACGCAGCAGGAAUCAUCCCCUGAGAACAUAUACUCGUUAACAGUCGUCGCUACGGAUAACGGCAAGCCUCCGAUGUCGUCGAAGGUGACAAUUUCCGUGAAUGUCGUUGACGCCAACAACAAUGUACCGAAAUUCGAGCAACGAUCAUAUCUCUCACCAGUACCAGAGGGUUACGCGGUUGGUAAGCGAGUGGUGAUUCUAGUGGCGAAAGACGAGGCGGACUUCGGUGUGAACGCUGAAAUUGAGUAUAGUUUUGUUGAUGGAAACGGUACCGAGUAUUUCGCAAUCGAUCAAUUCACUGGCUGGGUUGUUGUGAGCAAAUCCCUGGCGGGUCUGCCCGUUGGAACAAAAUUUAUUACUAAAGUCAAAGCACUUGACAAAGGGGUCCCGCCACAAAAGGAUGAAGUCACAUUGACUCUUGUGAUAACAGGAGAAAACCUACAUCCGCCGAGAUUCACUGCUCUACUUAAUCAAGUUAUACUGCCAGAAAACGCACCAGUGAAUUCUACUAUUUUGACUGUAAAUGCAACAGAUGAAGACGAUGGACCCAACGGUAUAGUUCGUUACAAAAUCUCAGCUGGGAACGAACAGAAGGAAUUUUCCGUUGAUGCGGUAACCGGUGCAGUUACAAUCUUGCAGCCUUUGGAUUAUGAGACUGUUCAAGAAUAUCACCUCAAUAUCACAGCAACUGAUCUAGGCUUUGAGCCAAAACAAGCCACUGCAACGUUGACCGUGACGUUGAACGACAUCAACGAUAACCCACCAACCUUCAAUCAAAGUUCUUACGAAGCAUUCCUGCCCGAGAAUUCACCGCCUCAAAGUUUCGUUUACAAGGUUACCGCAACGGAUAUAGAUUCGCCACAGAAAACGAUCAUCCAGUACAGAAUUCUAGGUGGUAGUGGGAAGGAACAUUUCAACAUCGAAGAAAACACAGGUGUAAUUUUGUCGAAAAUCAGUUUUGAUUACGAGGAAGCCGACGAAUAUACACUGCGCGUGGUCGCUGCUAAUCCAGACUCCAAUCCCCAAAUGGUCGGCUUCACAACUGUCAUCGUUCACAUAACCGGUGUAAAUGAAUUUUACCCCAAGUUUAUUCAGCCAGUCUUUCAUCUGGAUGUGUCGGAAAGUGCAGAAGUGGGAACAUCCGUGGGAUUGGUUCAAGCUACCGACCAAGAUACAGGAGAAGAUGGUAAAGUUUAUUACUUAUUCGUUGGCUCAUCGAAUGAUCGUGGUUUCAGUAUUGGGCCUGAAACGGGUGUCAUAAGUGUUUCCCGGCAUUUGGACCGCGAGACACAGAAUAGAGUUGUAUUGGCAGUAAUGGCGAAAAAUGCUGGAGGAAUACGCGGGAAUGACACGGACGAGGGACAAGUCAUUAUUUCAAUUCAAGAUGGCAAUGAUCCGCCGGAAUUCUUGCAAAAUCUUUACGAAGCAAGCAUCUCCGAGGGUGCCUCGUUAGGUACACGGAUUCUGACGGUACGUGCUGUGGACAAGGAUGUGCGCCCUCAGAAUAAUCAAUUCUCUUAUUCAAUAAUUGGUGGAAACAUUGGCCAAGUAUUCAAAGUUGAUCCACAAACCGGUGACAUUGAAACAGCCAAACUAUUGGAUCGAGAAACAGUCCCAAAUUACGAAUUGAUUGUCGGAGCAAUCGAUACCGGGUUACCACCGCAAACCGGUACAACAACAGUACACAUAGAUCUUCUGGAUGUAAAUGACAACGGACCGAUCUUUGAUCCUCCGGAAGUAAUUGGAUAUGUUAGUGAAAAUGAACCAGCUGGCACGAGUAUCAUGACGUUAAGCGCUAUGGAUCCUGAUUUGCCACCAAAUGGUGCACCAUUCUCGUACAGAUUAGUUGGUGGUCGGCAAAAAGACUUGGUUCAGCUAGAUAAACAUUCCGGAGUACUAAGGACCACCAGGAGUUUGGACCGAGAACUCACGCCUCAAUUGGAUAUUGUGGUUGAUGUAGAAGAUUCCGGAAAUCCGCGAAUGCACAACGAACACACGAUAACUGUGAUUGUUCUGGAUCAAAAUGACAGCCCAUCCUCGCCACGUUCAGUCCACGUAAUGGUUCAUUCAUUCAAUGGUCAAACACCCCUGGGGAAGGUAGCCGAUGUCCAUCCAAACGACCCCGAUACUACCGGUGAUUACACCUGCAAAAUAUUGCAUGGUGCAAAUUCCGGGGUAUUGAGCAUUCCGACCAGAUGUGACCUACAUACAAAUAAGAUUACAGCAGGGUCGGGAUACUCUUUAAGCGUGUCUGGAAGUGAUGGCAAACAUCCUGACGUUAUAUCAAAAGUGACCCUUGAAUUUUUGAUUUUCACGAAUACAACCGUCGAAAACACAGUCACAUUGCGUAUAGCAAGAGUAAGUGCAACGAAGUUUCUUGCUCAAUAUUACCGGGCUCUCGUUGAUUUAUUGCAAACAGAAAUGGACGUUGGCGAUACCCUGACAAUUUAUAGCAUUGGGGAAAAUAAAUCGGAUUUGGACAUUUCAUUGGCCAUCAAAUCACCACAAGGCUAUCAUUCGAAGUCUGAAGUAAUAGAGUUGCUCUCUGGCAAACGAGACGAAAUACAAGCUUUACUUCAAGGGGCAAUAAUUACUGUUGGCUAUUCACCGUGCGAGCAAAUGGCAUGCGAGAAUGGGGGCGCUUGUAGCGAUCAACUAGUUGUUUACGAGGAUACCAGAAUUACAGACAGUCAAACUUUGAUCCUAACGUCUCCAAAGGUUCGCCACGAAAUGGUUUGUAGGUGCCCUGAUGGAUUUACGGGCGACAGGUGUGAAAAACGACAAGAUCCAUGUUCACCAAACCCUUGUUUCUUGGGUGGACAAUGUCGCCGUCUCGGAUACGAUUUUCAUUGUACCUGUUCUCCCGGUCGAGAGGGUAAAUUAUGUGAACUUGAACGGGGUGAUGCCUGCGGAAGUAAUCCGUGCCGCAACGGUGGAUCGUGUAGGGAAAGUCCGGAUGGUUCAAGUUUCUUCUGUCUCUGCCGAGCAGGCUACAGAGGAAAUCACUGUGAAGCUAUUGCGGAUUCCUGUAGACCAAACCCUUGCCUCCAUGGCGGUCUCUGUGUUGGCCAAAAACCUGGAUAUCGCUGCAGUUGUCCCGAGGGUCGUUAUGGUCGCCACUGUGAACGUUCGACUUUUGGAUUCGAGGAACUUUCAUUCAUGUCUUUUCCAACAUUGGAUGUCAACACAAACGACAUCACUAUCGUUUUUGCUACAACAAAACCAAAUGCUCUACUGUUAUACAAUUAUGGUCCCCAAACUGCAGGACGUUCCGAUUUUGUAGCUCUAGAAUUAGUCGAUGGAAGAGCUGUAUUUUCCUAUGGCGGUGCCAGAAGUGCUAUUACUAACGUAACCAUUAGAGCGGGUGAAACAUUGGCCGAUGGGAAAUGGCGAAAAGUCACAGCUACGAGAAACGGAAGAGUUGUCUCUUUGAGUGUUUCUAAUUGUAAAGAACAUGGAGACGUGUGCGAAGACUGCAGACCUGGAGAUGCCACUUGUUAUGCCGAUGGUAUUGGCCCUACUGGAACUUUGAAUUUCUACAACAACCUACUGAUGUUAGGGGGUUUAGAGAACGCUGACCCAGUUUUAGAACGCCCGGAUCAAAUACACUCUGACGACCUCGUCGGCUGCGUACAUUCAGUUUCGAUAAAUGGUAGAACCCUGAAUCUAACUAAUCCAGUCAAAUCACGAGGCGUAACGGCUACUUGUGGAAGGUCGGAACGAAGUCCUUGCGCCCGAGGCAAAGAGGACUACUCAUCCUGUGGAGCCAGUGGAAAAUGUUAUGACAAAUGGCAUCAGGCGGUUUGUCAAUGCGAUAAAUUCAUAUCACCAAACUGUUUGGGUGCUUUGGAACCAGUGAAUUUGAGCGAGGGUGGAUUCAUUGAAUUUAAGGUCUCGGAGAAGCACAAGAGAAUGCAACUAUUGGAAUAUCUUUAUGGUGGAUCCACAUUGUGGCAUAGGAACAGAGUUGCCAGAGAUGUUCCCGAGGAAAGCAGCCUCUUAACCGUGGCUCCAGCACCACCAAAAACAAUUGGGUUAAUGUUUCGAACUGUACGUUCUGAUGGUAUCCUUAUCUAUGCAGCAACCAACAAACACUUCACAUCUGUAGAGCUAUCCAACGGGCAAUUGAUUUACUCGUCAUUACUAGGAUCUCCGGUGAACAUGACAGCUACGGUAGAAGGUGGCUUAGCGGAUGGACGCUGGCAUAAUUUAACUCUACACGCAUACUCACGCGGUCUUAGAUUACUCAUCGACGGUGUUUUGGCUGGCGAUGAACUAGAUUCAGCCGGGGUUCACGACUUCUUGGAUCCGUAUCUGUCCGUUUUAUCAAUCGGUGGAGUUCAACGAGAACUGUACUUUGCUCGCGAUUCGGUGCCAAAAAGCUUUGAAGGGUGUUUAGCCAAUUUCACAGUAAACAACGAAAUACAACCGUUUAAUGGCUCUGGGUCUGUUUUCAAAGAAGUCAGGUAUCACGGAAAAGUUGGAAUGAACUGCCGAGGACCCAUAGGAAUUAGCGCCGCGGCGGUCCCAGACCCACUGAGUAUUGGAAUAACAUUGGUUAUUGUAUUUUUCGUGAUCCUUCUGGUUGCCAUAUUGGUCAGUUUCGUGGUCUUCCGACUACGCAGGCAAAGCAAAGAAAAAUCAGCGCCAUCAGGAGUGAAUAAAAGCAACAAUACCAUAAUGGCAGGAAACGCUUUAGUUGGACCUGGAGGAGACAAUAUAAUGUCGAGACACGAGAACACUUACAUUUCGGACACUUCUGAUCUUCGAGGAGUCGGACAUAUGGGACCAGAGCUUAUCUCUAAGAAGUAUAAAGAACGCGAAAUAAACUCGUCCGAACACAGACCGCAGAGACCCGAUAUCAUCGAAAGAGAGGUGACCAAAUCACCACCGAUUCGUGACGAGCACCCUCCCUUACCACCACCGACACAGAGCUCUUUACACUCCCACGAACAUAAUCCUGAACCGGAAAUGCCCGAACAUUACGAUCUCGAAAAUGCUAGUUCUAUCGCACCGAGUGAUAUCGACAUUGUUUAUCACUACAAAGGCUACCGGGAUGGGAUGAGGAAAUAUAAGGCAACGCCACCACCGAUUGGCAGCUACGCCAAUCACCAUAAACAUACGGGUCAACAACACAGACACACGGGGCCUUUUCCACCGAGAGCUAUGCCGCCGCCGGCUGUUGGGCAGCCUCCGGGACCAGCUCCAAAAUUAUUGCAAAGUACCCCGUUAGCCAGAUUAUCACCGAGUAGUGAAUUAUCAGCCCAACAGCCGAGAAUACUAACGUUGCAUGACAUCAGUGGUAAGCCUUUACAAAGCGCUUUAUUAGCCACAACUUCGUCAUCUGGUGGUGUUGGAAAAGAUGCGUUGAACUCGAAUAGUGAGAGAAGUUUGAAUUCGCCAAUAAUGAGCCAGCUAUCAGGUUCAACUGCGAGCCGUAAGGCACCGCAAUCGAACAACGAGAAUGUCAACAACGUUUCUUCAGGACCAAUGGGCUUAACGGCUGAAGAAAUUGAGAGAUUAAACUCGAGACCGCGAACAUCAAGCCUAGUGUCAACCUUAGAUGCGGUGAGUUCAUCCAGCGAAGCAAGAGGCCCGCCUACCCACGGCCCUUUACAUCUUCACAGAAGACACACGCCCCCGCCAGAGCGACUGGAACGGCGUAAUUCGACAACUACGGACGAAAGUGGAAAUGACAGUUUCACUUGUUCCGAAAUUGAAUAUGACAAUAACUCGUUAGUGGGUGAUAAAAGAUCGGAUAAUUUAUUCAGCAAGCCAGAUGACGAAGAAGUGCCAUCAAGGACUGCCGAGUCGUCGCAAUCUUCUAAACCUCCACUACCACCGAACGUCAAUUACGACGGAUUCGAUAGUUCGUUCAGAGGCUCUCUUAGUACAUUAGUGGCGUCGGACGAUGACCUAUCGACACAUAUGGGUGGUUUGUACAGGCCAGCUAACAAUGGCUCACCAUCGGCCAACACGGCAUUGAGCUGGGAUUAUUUAUUAAAUUGGGGACCUAACUUUGAGAGUUUAGUCGGCGUUUUUAUAGACAUUGCUGAAUUGCCAGACAGUGCCAAUCGAGUACCCAGUACGCUCAGAUUGCCAGCUAGUAUACCCAAACCUUCCGAGGAGUAUGUCUAGUGCAAAGAAAUUAUGUAAAUCUUUGAUAAUUUUAAAAAGUAAAUUACUUGCGGUGAAAUUUAUUUAUAUAGAAGAGUGGCUCAGUUUUAGCGAUUAUUUUAAUGAUGUGAAUAAUUUAAAGAUUAUUAU